CUCACACAUGUUCCUGAUCACAUGGUUGUGACAUCAUCAAAGGUCCUUUUGCGGUCUGAGAUCUAGCACUUUGCAGUUUUGGUCUAAAUAGCUGUGACCGUCCAGAUCACUGGCAUUUGCUUUUAGUUCCUCAGCAUGGCGUUACAUGAAGAUGAUGAUACUUGGUCUCCCCCGUCUGAGUCAGAUCUAAAAAUUAUAAGAGCCCAACGUGAGCGGCAAGAUAAGAUUAGCAGAAUGAUGGGAGAUUACUUACUGAAGGGAUACAGAAUGCUUGGAGACUGCUGCGAAACAUGCGGGACUAUAUUAUUACAGGACCGUCAGAAAAAAUUACUUUGCAUCUCGUGUCAAGAACUUGAUUCCGAUACUGAAAAGGACAACCCAGUCCUCAAUCCUCAAGCUGCACUGUCUCAGGUGCGAGAGCAUCAGCUUUCUCUACACGAGCGCCCUGUUCGUGAUGUCCCAGCAGUUGUUAACCCUGUAACAAACCCUAAGCCUGGCCCUGUGCAUGCUGCUGUUGUGAAUGAUGUUCCUCAGCCUAUCGUUUCUGCUGAGAACGCCCUUCUGGAGAAGCUGAGCUGGGCCACUCACCAGCUGAAGGAAGCCAGUUCUGUGGAGUACAGCGCCCAACUUUGUGCUCUCAUUGGCACCUGCGCCCAGACUCUCAAGUCACUUCGAGAUCUCAGACAUUGAAUACAUGGUGGUUCUUCAAAUGAACAUCUCACUUGCACAUCCUUGCCUGAGUUCUUCACAAUUCUUUCUCAAACUCACCUAUUGGGUACUGUUGUUUGCAACAAAUAUGAAUGAACUGGUUUUUUUUGUUUUGUUUUUUGUCUUGUUUUUUGCUUUUUUUUUUUUUUUUUUUUUUUUUUUUUUUUUCUUGUUUUCAGUGUGGCUCUUUUUAGAUGCUGUUUUGAAUAUUUUAGCCACUUGGCAGCUUCUUAAAAAGCAUAUUUAUUCACAUUAAAUCACAUUGAAGGAAUAAAAAUAAGUGUGCUGGCAUUACCAUUCA